CCAAUGGAAGGAGGGAAUCACUCUGUGGUGACAGAGUUUGUGUUCCUGGGAGCCACCAACUCCUGGAAUAUCCAACUGCUCCUCUUUGUCUUCUCCUCCAUGUUUUAUGUGGCAAGCAUGGCAGGAAACUCCCUCAUCGUGUUCACGGUGGCUUCUGACCCUCACCUGCACUCUCCCAUGUACUUUCUAUUAGCCAACCUCUCCUUCAUUGACUUAGGUGUUUCUUCUGUCACUUGUCCAAAGAUGAUUUAUGACCUGUUCAGAAGGCACAAAGUCAUCUCAUUUACAUGUUGUAUCACUCAAAUGUUCUUCAUCCAUGUCAUUGGUGGUGUGGAGGUAGUGCUGCUCAUAGCCAUGGCCUAUGACAGGUAUGUGGCCAUCUGUAAGCCUCUCCAUUACCUGACCAUCAUGAGCCCAAGAAUGUGCAUCUUCUUUUUAGUGGUUGCCUGGGUGGUUGGCCUUAUGCAUUCUGGAGUUCAACUGGCCUUUGUGGUAAAUUUACCUUUCUGUGGCCCAAAUGUGUUAGACAGCUUUUACUGUGACCUACCAAGGUUUAUCAAACUUGCCUGCAUAGAUACCAACCAACUGCAAUUAAUGGUCUCAGCCAACAGUGGAUUCAUCUCUGUGGGCUCCUUCGUCAUCCUGAUCAUCUCCUAUGUUGUCAUAGUAGUCACUGUUCAGAAACACUCAUCAGGUAGUUCUUCCAAAGCUCUGUCUACACUGUCAGCUCAUAUUACUGUGGUAGUCCUGUUUUUUGGUCCUUUGAUAUUUGUCUAUACCUGUCCAUCUCCCUCCAUACACCUGGAUAAAUUUCUGGCCCUAUUUGAUGCAGUCCACACUCCUUUUCUGAAUCCUGUGAUCUACACUUUCAGGAACCAAGAGAUGAAAGUGGCAAUGAGAAGAGUGUGCAGACAGCUACUGAGAUACAAGACUAUAUCUUAA